AUAGUCGUGAUAUUAUCAAAAUUCUAAGCGAAUUUGCGAAUUUUAUACGUUUUGCUUGUCGAAGACUUCAAUAUGUUUGCUCCGUGUGUAUUACUGUUGUUUAUUUUGGGUUCCAUUAAUGCUGAUGAAGCACCAUUACGUUGCGACUUCAUAAAUAAUACACUCUGCGGUUGGUCGAAUGACGAAAAUGUUAGGCAUGAUUGGAAAUUCAAUGGUUAUGAUUCUAAAGGGAUGUACACCGCUUUACUACAACAGACAUCACGCCUGAUCUCUCCCAUUUACGACCAUGGCUUAGUGGAGAAUGGCUGUUUCUCCUUGGAAUACGGUUUUUAUACGGGCGAUACAGUACUCAGAGUCUACCAAGUGCCGGUGUCACUUGGAGUGACCGGAUUAUUCACGACUACCGAAGAGCAAAAAAGGAAAUAUAUUAUACAUGAAUCAAAACAUGUCAUUGGGUUCGGUACGCACCAUUUGUAUCCCGUCGCAAUGUUUCAUCCAGGUUAUGCCGAAAAUUUCCAGAUCGUAAUCGAAGUUUCAAGUGAAAUGGGAGUCAUCUCUAUAGAUAAAGUUGAAAUCUUUCGGGGACGGGAGUGCACUGAAGCAGCCAACACAAUCGAUAACCCUCCACCUGGUUCUACUCAAAUAUAUUACGUAAACCGAAACAAAGACCUGCAAACAACAACAACAGAACCGUCAUCAACAACAACAGAACCGUCAUCAACAACAACAACGUCACCGCCUACAACAACAACUCAGUCGGCAACAACAGCGGCCACAGUCCCGGUGACAACAGUCUCGCCCACAGCAGUACCGCCACCAUCAUCAGCUCCGCCGCCAAUAACAAUGGUCUUCCCAGCAAUGGGACAACUUUAUGGGCUAAACGAUUCUCUAAGUCGUGAAACUAACCAAAAUUUCCACGGUUGGACAAGAUAUCCUCGGAGGAAAUGGGAAAACGGAUUAGAUGGAUCUCUAGUGGUGUUCUUAACAUACGACUGGGCGAUUCUGUUGUCUCCACCCUACGAUAAUGUUUUGACUGAAUCGGGCUGUUUCUCCAGCAGUUUAAAUAUCAAAAGCUAUGAAUCAUUUACACUUCGGAUCUACCAAAUACCAGUAAAUGUGACAUAUCAACAAUUGCUUCAGAACAAGGAGAGAAUGAAAGACUACAUACUUUUUCAGAAAAGUGGGUUAUUGUAUAUUGACACACACAUUGACCCUGUGAUAAAACUUAAGGAAUUCGAUCAUGACUUUCAGAUCAUCAUAGAAGUGACAUCUGUCAGUGAUUUAGUACGUCUGGCAGUAGAGAACGUCGCUAUACUACAAGGCAGCGACUGCACUGCAGCUCACAUGUCCGCCAACUAUCCAAGUCCAGAUUCUCUAAGUCGUGAAGCUAACCAAAGUUUCCACGGUUGGAAAAGAUAUCCUCAGAAGAGUUGGGAAACCGGAUCAAUAAAUGGAAGUCUAAAGGCCUUGUUAGUAAACGAGUUGGCGAUUCUGUUGUCUCCACCCUACGAUCGUGUGUUGAAUGAUUCGGGCUGUUUCUCUAGCAGUUUAAAUAUCAAAAGUUAUGAAUCAUUUACACUCCGGAUCUACCAAAUACCAGUAAAUGAGAUAUAUCCACAGCUGCUUCGGAACAAGGAGAGAAUAAAGGACUACAUACUUUUUCAGAUCAGUGGUAUAGAGUUUAUUGACACACACAUUGACCCUGUGAUAAUACUUAAGAAAUUCGAUCAUGACUUUCAGAUCAUCAUAGAAGCGACAUCUGUCAGUGAUUUAGUAAGUCUGACAGUUGACAACGUCGCUAUACUACAAGGCAGCGACUGCACUGCAGCUCAAAUGGUCGCCGACACUCCAAGGCCAGACGCAUUUGAAGAAUAUUAUAUAUACACAACAACUACAACAACCCCGCCGACGACAGCAACAACAGCCCAACCGAGGAAAGGAGUAAAAGAUUUCGUCAAAGAUAAUCAUGUGAACCAAACAACAACAACCGCUUCAUCAGAGAUUACAACAGAUCGACCAGUAUCAAUACAAGCUUCAACAGAGAUUACAACAGAUCUGCCACCAUCAUCAAAAGCUUCAUCAGAUAUUACAACAGAUCGACCAGUAUCAAUACAAGAUUCAACAGAGAUUACAACAGAUCUGCCACCAUCAUCAAAAGCUUCAUCAGAUAUUACAACAGAUCGACCAGUAUCAAUACAAGAUUCAUCAGCAACGUCCACCUCGUCACCAAUAACCACAGACUUACUAGUCGAGUCAAUAGAGCAUUUACCUUCAAAAUCUUCAAGAACAACUCCAACAUUGAUGAUUUGUUUUUUGUUUGUGUGUUGUUUUAUAUUAUUUGAAAUUAGAAACCUUUUGAAGUGAUAAAGGAAUGAUUUAUAUUGUUUAAAUUAUAUUUAUGAUAGAUAUGUAAAAAAAUAUACAUGAUACUGGGGAGUAUGUCCCAAAACUCUAGAGUUAUAUUCUUUAACAAAAAUGAAUUAAAAAGUUACAUGUGUUCCAAAAUUAAUGUUUUCGGAGUAAAUAAUUUUUCUUUUGUAAAUCGAUCAUUAAUUGUGUCUCUUAUAUCGCAUCCUUAUAUUAUGCCUUAUAUUAUACCGAACAAGCCGAUUUUCGAGCAAGCUUUAGUACCAUAGACCACAUCCAUACGUUGCGGCAGGUUAUACAGAAGACCGAAGAGUAUAACAAGCCACUUUGCUUAGCGUUUGUGGACUAUGAGAAAGCCUUCGAUUCGGUGGAAACUUGGGCUGUACUGAGGUCUUUGCAGAGAUGCCGGAUCAACUACAGGUACAUCCAAGUGUUGAAGUGUUUGUAUGAAAGCGGACUGACAUAGUGAGUCCGUAUACAGGAUCAGACUACGAGACCAAUCCAAUUGCAGCGAGGAGUGCGGCAGAAAUAUGUAAUCUCCCCGAAGCUACCCCGCAUUGGAAGAUGUCUUUAAGCUUCUGGACUGGAACGGAUUUGGCAUCAACAUCAAUGGUGAGUACAUCACUCAACUACGGUUUGCCGACGAUGUGGUCAUUAUGGCAGAGACUGGAUGAUCUUAGUACCAUGCUCAACGACCUCAGCAGAGUUUCUCAACGGGUGGGCCUUAAAAUGAACAUGAGUAUUGAGUAAGACGAAGAUCAUGUCUAACGCUCAUGUACCGCUUCACCCAGUUAUUGUUGAGAACUCUGCGCUCGAAAUUGUAGACGAAUAUAUAUACCUAGAACAGACAGUCAAGUUAGGUAGGUCCAAUUUCGAGAAAGAGGUGAAUCGCCGAAUCCAGCUCGGCUGGGCAGCGAUCGGGAAACUCCACGACAUCUUUUUGUCCGAAAUUCCUCAGUGCCUAAAGACAAAAUUCUUCGAUCAGUACGUGUUGCCAGUGAUGACCUACGGAUCCGAGACUUCGUCGCUGACUAUGGGCCUUAUUAGAAGGCUCAAAGUCACUCAGCGGAAGAUGGAGCGCGCUAUGCUUGGGGUUUCUCUGCGUGAUCAAAUCAGAUUUUUUUGUUUUGGAUGUUCUAAACAUUGAAAAUGAACACCACAAAGAUUAUUUUGUAACAUAGUUAUGAGCUGUGACAACCCAGUGGAUAUAACCUCUGCCUCCGAUUUCGGAGGGUGUGGGUUCGAAUGCGGCCCGGGGCAUGCACCUCCGACCUUUCAGUUGUGUGUUUAAAAGCUGAAGGAAAAUAUCGUGAGGAAAUAAUAAUAAGCCCUUUAUUCCGAAUAUACAAGUUGAAUAAUACACAUAUAUAUUUUAAUACAUGACAUGGAUGGACAUUACAAUGAACAUGGAUAAAACAAAAUUGCUUACUAACUCGACUCUAAUACCUAUACAAAUAAAUAACCACCCAUUGGAAUAUGUGGAGGAAUAUAUUUACCUAGGACAAGUUAUCUCCCAUGAAGAACAAACAACUAAAGAAGUUAACAGAAGAAUAGCAAACGGCUAGAAGAAGUACUAGUCACUAAAAGAAAUCAUGAAAUGUAACGAGCUAAGCAUGACAAUAAAAAAGAAAAGCGUUUAACACCUCUAUACUGCCAGUUAUCGUGAGGAAACCUGCAUACCAAAUAAUUUUCUGCUCUCACCUCUUUCUUCGGUUCAAUCUCACCUGAUGGUAAGUGAUGAUGCAGUCUAAGAUGGAAGCGGGCUAACUUGUUCGGAGGAAGAUGAAAAUCCACACCCCUUUCGGUUUCUACACGGCAUCGUACCGGAACGCUAAAUCGCUUAAACGUCUUUGCCGGUAGGGUGGUAACUAGCCACGGCCAAAGCCUCCCACCAGCCUGACCUGGACAAAUUAAGAAAAUUUCAAUCAGCCCA